AUCCUCUUAUUCUUCCUGUACCAUCAAUUGAAUCAAUCAUCCCAUCACUUUUUUCUUUACAUCAUGUCCAAGCCCACUAUCCUCUACGUCCACGGCUUCUGGGGCGACGCCGCCCACUGGGCCGAUGUCAUUAUCGACAUGGAUGCCCGCGGCUAUAAGCAGCAGGCCGUGGAGAUGCCCCUCACCUCGCUCGCCGACGAUGUCGAGCGCACCCAGAAGAUGAUCCGCCAGAUCGACGGCCCCGUCCUCCUUGUCGGCCACUCCUACGGUGGUGCCGUCAUCACGCAGGCCGGCAACCUGCCCAACGUCGUCGGCCUUGUCUACAUUGCUGCCUUUGGCCCCGACGCCGGCGAGUCUGCCGGCAGCAUCUCCGAGCAGUACCCCGCCGCCGCCGCUGUUGAGAAGCGUAUCGCCCCCGACUCGGACGGCUACCUCUGGCUCGACCGCGACCACUUCCAGGAGGCUUUCUGCCAGGACGUCAGCCGCGAAAAGGCCCUUGUCAUGCAGGUUACACAAAAGGCCCCCGUUGCCUCUACCUUUACCGACAACAUCACCGAGCCCGCCUGGAAGACUAAGCCCUCGUGGUACCAGAUCUCCACCGAGGACCAUUGCAUCAACCCUGACGCGCAGAAGAUGAUGUCUGCUAGAAUGAACCCCAAGAAGAUCAUUGAGCUUGCUACUGGCCACGCCUCGCUUGCUUCCAAGCCCAAGGAGGUCUCUGACUUUAUUGAUGAGGCUGCCAAGUCUCUGUAAAAAUUGUGUGAAUGUAUGAGUUGGUCGACAUUGUCGUGAUAGCCAUUGGGGCGUGUCGUCGAAGAAUAGUUAGCCGUUAAUUUGAUGAAUAUUUUUUACGUAUUACAAAAGAUUCAUUGACGUGAACUAAGAAACCCGGUU